AUGCAGGAAGAAAAGACUUGCAUCUUGAUUGGCCAACCCGCUUCAGUAUCUGCUUGGCAACUGCUAGGGGACUAGCUUAUCUUCAUGAGGAAUCAAGGCCAAGGAUCAUACACAGAGACGUGAAGGCAAGUAACAUUUUGCUUGAUGCUGAGCUGUGUCCGAAAAUAUCUGACUUUGGAUUGGCAAAGCUAUAUGAUGAUAAGAAAACUCAUAUCAGCACCCGUGUUGCAGGAACCAUUGGCUAUUUGGCACCAGAGUACGCAAUGCGUGGCCAUCUCACUGAGAAGGCAGAUGUCUUUGGCUUUGGUGUAGUUGCUUUGGAAAUUGUCAGUGGAAGACCAAACUCUGAGAACAGCCAGGACAACGACAAGAUCUAUCUUCUUGAAUGGGCAUGGACUCUGUAUGAAAGCAACCAAAGUCUAGGUCUGUUGGAUCCAACCCUAGUAGAGUUUGAUGAAAAUGAAGCUUUAAGAAUGAUAACAGUGGGACUCCUGUGCACACAAGCAUCACCAAUGAUGCGACCACCCAUGUCGAGGGUUGUAACUAUGCUUGCUGGGGAUAUCGAAGCGAGCCCUGUUGCAUCAAAACCAAGUUAUUUAACUGACUGGGAUUUUAAGGACAUAACAUCCAGCAUUGAGGCUGAAAACACACUGUCUACUGGAUCUGAGCAUAGUGAUAACAAGAACAAGAAUAAUCUUAAUCCAGGUAUAGAGCUGGAGGCUUCUCCAUUGAAUAUCACUAAAUUCAGUGACAUUAUUGGGGAAGGAAGGUGACAAAUGUUGUUCCUUAAAACCUCCAUUUUGCUACUUCUCCUGCCUCUACCUUUGCCACAUAUUUUCUAGCUCUAUAAAGUAGAUGCUGAAAUUGUGUGAAUUUCUGUAAUUCAUACCAUUUAUAUAUUGAUCAUUUGUGUGUGUACAAAUAUUGGCUUGCAAUAAGGCUGGAGUGUUUGUAACUUAUGGAUGUCAUUCCUAUUAUGUAGUAAUAUACUUCAAAGCUAGAG